AUGGGAUUGCCUGAACAGCGUUCCGGGAACGAAAGUUCCAGCGACGAUGCGCGGCUCGGUAGGAGGGCCACGCUGGAUGAUUUGGCCAGUGCGAGUCGGGGUGUCGAUGAGAGGAAGUUGGUCCGCAAGCUGGACUUGUAUCUCGUUCCGCUCAUCAUGGGCAUUUACCUAUUCAGUUUCGUGGACAGAGUCAACCUCGGCAACGCUCGCCUCUACGGGCUCGAGGAGGACCUCGGCCUCAGCACAUCCCAGUUCCAGGUGGCCAUAUCCAUCUUCUUCGUGACGUACAUGGUGUUCGAGGUGCCGUCCAACCUGGUGCUCAAGCUCUUCACGCCGCGGCGCUGGACCGCCUUCAUCACCGUGUCGUGGGGGCUCGUCGCGACGCUCAUGGGCCUCGUCACGUCCUACGGCAGCCUCGUCGCGUGCCGGCUGCUCCUCGGCGCCGUGGAGGCCGGCCUCUUCCCCGGCCUCAACAUCUACCUGACCUUCUUCUACACCAGGAACGAGCUGGCCCUGCGCGUGGGGUACCUCUUUGUCAGUGCGGCCGUGGCCGGCGCGCUGGGCGGCCUGCUCGCCUACGGCAUCGGGCACAUGGACGGCGUGCAGGGCCUCAGCGGCUGGCGGGGGGUCCUGAUCGCCGAGGGCAUUCCCAGCGUC